GGCCAAGCCAGAGAACAGGCCUUGUUAUGAGGUCAGAGAGGUGCAGUCACAUCGUUGUCCUACGUGUACGAUGUCCGUGCAGCAUCGGAACACGGGUGUGCUCAGUCGCUCAUGCACAGUGCAAACUUAUCAUGGACACACGGAAUAAAUUCGUGCUUGAUAGUAGAACUCAACAUAUGCAACACUCAUAGAGUGCUGUUUGGGAAGAAGAAGCAUUCCAACAAUCACUGAUAGGGCCGAUGGGCACGGGUUCGCGCAUUUUGCGGUGCCAGGUGUUUCCGACAACGACUUCUUUUGAUCCGGGUGGGCGUGCAUAGCAUAUAUAUAGUUGUUGCAAUCGCUCGGUUGUUCUGAUGCAACUGGGAGCACGGAAAGCUCAUGCAAUCAACACUUGUACUGCCAUUCGAUAACUUGAUGUCUGAAUCUGUAUCAUCUGUGCCUUCUCAACCAAUCCGGCGGCAUGAAAAGGACAAUCAGAUCACCAAGGCACCGUAUCCAUGGAAGAGAUUCAAGUUUUUUGUAUGAAUUACGAGAAUCCUGCCGUUUUCACGAUGAUUCGACACCGCAUUGUCAACUUCACUGCCGAACUGACUGCGUCACGUUCCGGACGAGUUUCGCAGCGUUAUCGCAGUGACUUAGCAGAACUUCGGAAUCUCCACGCCCAAGGAUACUGCGGAUUGCACCAUCGCCUCCAUCAGCGCAGGAAGAUGGUGUUUGUACAACGCUGCCAAAUGCUGAACAAUGUGCAGCAUCGCAUACCCACGUGUUGAUUGGUGAACUCGGCGCCCUUCGGAACAUUUGAGAGUGGACUGAGUGUGAGAAGAAGCAGAACAAAAGAUUUCGCCACCAGUCA